AACUUUUCUUUUUUUUAGCUAUUAAGAUGAUUGUGUUUUGUCUUAUGUUGGUGAUAAACGUGUUUAAUUCUGCUGCAUGACUAUUGUUUUCUUAUUAAACGAGUAUUGUAUGAUAUAGACAGGAAAGCCAACGAUUUGGGGAACUAGGACUUGUCUCACAUUUGCCACUCAUGCACACUAGUGUAUUUGCGCCACCGUGUUGUGCAACAGACAUCGUCUCUCAGGUAUUAGUGUAAUCUUUUGAUCUUGUAAAGUGACCUGUCUUGAGAUGCUCCCAGCAAGGCGUUGCUUAUCCCAGAAAAAAAUGAAGUCUUGUCUCAUGAAAUUAUGCAGACUGCUUUGUUUUUUGUUGACUUUACCCUUACACGUAAUGAAGUUCACAGGCCUGUACGCUAUGUACAAACGCGUGUUUCCCUUGCUUGCCUACAAUAUAACAUUUUCAUAUAACGACAAAAUGCACGAAACGAAGAGGGACCUUUUCCGAAACGUGGGUAAAUUUGCAAACACCGACGGUUCUCUUCGCCUGCUGGAGAUAGGCUGUGGCAGCGGGGCAAACUUCAAGUUUUACCCCCAUGGCUGCACAGUGAUCUGCACCGACUCCAACCCACACUUCGAGAAGUACCUGCAGAUGAACAUGGACGCAAACAAGCAUUUGACUUAUGACACGUUUAUAGUUACCUCUGGGGAGGACAUGGACGAGGUAAAGGAUGAGUCAUUGGAUGUUGUUGUCUGCACCUUGGUUCUCUGUUCUGUCAGCAACGUGCAGCGGGUGUUGCAGGAGGUCCGACGCAUCCUCAAAACAGGUGGCGCCUUCUACUUUUUGGAGCAUGUUGUCUCAGAUCCCUCCACCUGGACACACUUCUUUCAGCAUGUGUUUGAGCCUCUGUGGUACUAUCUUGGAGAUGGAUGCAUGGUUACCAGAGCAACAUGGAAAGAUCUAGAGGCAGCUGGCUUUUCUGAACUUCACUUAAGACAUAUCCAGGCUCCCGAGGUUACUCUAAUGAUAAGACCACAUAUCAUGGGAUAUUCCAUUAAAUGAAUGCAGGGGAGAAUGGGCAGACUUUGGUGUGCCUCUUUGAGCUUCAGAAACUUGUAUAGUAUUUUCACUGUAUAUUAUUGAGAAUAUUUGUUAUUUGUUAUAUACACACACACACACACCUCAUGUAACAACAUUUUCAUUGGUCCACUACCAACAUUGGUCCAAAUUGAGUCUGCAGGUUUCAAAUUACCAAACACAAUCAAUCUGUACAUUUUCAUUUCAUUCAUACUUUCCACACUGUAUUUAUUGAAUGAAAAUAUAUGUAUUUACUUACAGAAUCAGCAACAUUCCAUACACUGUUUGUUCUUCUUCCCCACCCCUCCCAAGAUGUACAUAAUAAAUAUUACCUGGACACUGUGCUUUUUUCCCUGAUUGUCUAAGUAACUGUUAAGAAACAACCAAACAGACCACACUCAAUAAAACAAGGAAUGACUAUUGUAACAUCUCCUUAUAGAGAAAUGAGGGGAAUUGCUGGUUCACAAUAUAAACAGGAAUUAUGUCUGUGUGGUAUUUAUACAGUCACAAUUCUGCUAAGCUGUUAGAUUGAAUAGAAUUUCAACAGCAAGAUCUUUAAAAAGAUAAGAAAAAAGGAAAGGGAUACAUUUACAAACUGAGACUCAAAGUUAAAGCUCACAAUUUCAAACCUCCCAGUAUUAAAAAUGUACACAACUAUAAAUGUUAUAGCAUUAGCAAAUUUAAAAAAAAA